AUGGAAGCAGAGAACAGCACCAGAAUUUCAGAAUUUCUCCUUCUGGGACUCUCAGAGGACCCAGAGCUGCAGCCCCUCAUCUACGGGCUCUUCCUCUCCAUGUACCUGACCACGGUGCUCGGGAACCUGCUCAUCCUCCUGGCCAUCGUCUCCGACCCCCACCUGCACACGCCCAUGUGCUUCUUCCUCUCCAACCUGUCCUUUGUGGACGUGGGCUUCACCUCCACCACUGUGCCCAAGAUGCUGGUGAACAUCCAGACACACAGCCAGCUCAUUACCUACGCAGGCUGCAUCACGCAGAUGUCCUUUUUCUUGCUCUUUGGAGAGCUGGACAACUUCCUCCUGGCCGUCAUGGCCUACGACCGCUUCGUGGCCAUCUGUCACCCCCUCCACUACAUGGUCAUUAUGAACCCCUGCCGGUGUGGCUUCCUCAUUCUGGGGUCCUGGAUUCUGAGUGUCCUGCACGCUUUGUUGCAAAGCUUAAUGGCUCUGCAGCUGUCUUUCUCUACUGACCCCCAAAUCCCUCACUUCUUCUGUGAACUCAAUCAAGUGGCCCAGAUUGCCUGCUCUGAAAACCUUCUGAAUGACCUCGUGGUGUAUUUGGUCCCCAUGCUGCUGGCUACCGCUUCCCUCACUGGCAUCCUUUGUUCUUACUCUAAGAUCGCUUCCUCCAUCCGUGGGCUGUCCUCAGCUGGAGGGGAGAAGAAAGCCCUCUCCACCUGUGCGUCCCACCUCGCGGCUCUCUCUGUAUUUUAUGGCACAGGCCUGGGCGUGUACAUCAGUUCUGUCUCAGCGCACAGCUCACACGAGAGCGCCACAGCGUCCGUGAUGUACACCGUUGUCACCCCCAUGCUGAACCCCUUCAUCUAUAGCCUGAGGAACAGAGAUGUCAAGAGGGCUCUGCUGAGACUCUUUGGAAGGAAACUCUGAAAGAAUCCACUGUCUUAGGCCUGAGGGAUGUCUGC